AUGUCAAUCCCUAUCGAGAAACAUGUGGCUAUUUGCUUGUGGCAUCUGGCAACCGGAGAAGAUCUUCGCUCCCUCGGGUGGAGAUUUGAUGUGGCAAAGAGCAAAGCAUGCGAAAUCAUCAACGAAGUUUGCCAAGCAAUCGUAAGCAUUCUGCUGCCGCAAUUCGUCACAUGGCCAACGGGAGAUAAUCUACGAGCUGUUGUUGAUGGAUUUGCUUCAGAGUGGAAUUUUCCUCAAUGUGCUGGAGCAAUUGAUGGAACCCAUAUUCCUAUAACUGCACCUCCGGAGAACCCGGCAUACUAUUACAACAGAAAGGGGUUUUACUCAAUUGUUUUGCAAGCUGUGGUUGACCAUUUAUACAGGUUUACGGAUGUAUAUAUCAAAUGGCCAGGAAAAGUGCAUGAUGCUCGAGUGUUGAGUAACUCUAGUCUCUACCACAAAGGUCAGAAUGGUGAACUUUUCCCAGAUUGGACAGAAAAUAUUAAUGGCUGUGAUAUACCACUGUUUCUAAUUGGUGAUCCAGCGUAUCCACUGUUAUUUUGGUUGCUUAAAAGAUAUACAAAUGCUGAAGUUGUAAACAGGGAACAAUCAGCAUUUAAUUACCGGCUAAGCAGGGCAAGGAAUGUUGUAGAAGGAGCAUUUGGCAGACUAAAAGGCAGAUUCCGUUGCCUGUUAACAAGAAAUAAUACAACCUAAGUAUCUACCACCAAAAUUGCCUCAUGUUGUGUCCUUCACAAUCUCUGUGAGAAGAGGGGAGAUGGAUUUCAAGAAGAAUGGCUCCACACAAUUGAGUCAGCCCCUGAUGACAGCUUUCACUUUGGAUCCCAAGUAGACACCAAUGCCCAUGAAAUAAGAGAAGCCUUGACUGAGCAUUUCAAAACACAUUAA